GGCUGCCUUCGUGUGCUCAGAAUCAUAGAAGUAAAUAUGGGACUCAGGGCUCUUCAUUUGUCACUUUCACCUAAUGGUUUCACUUCACAAGUUGGGGUUAAACAUAACUUGUCUAAGUCUAACUUCAGGCUUAGCAAGGUCUCCAGUUUCAGGGUUUCAGCCAAGAAGGAAGAAGAGCCUGAGAAGAAGAGUAAGCAAUCGUUGUUUAGCAGUGUAACUGAAGCUCUUGAUUUUUCUCAAGUAAGAUCUCAAGAGGAUGCUCAGCUUCUUGAAGACGCCAGAGAAACCACCAAGUCCGGCGGCAAGAUGAGCAAGGAGCAGUAUGGGGCUCUUAGAAGGAAAAUUGGAGGGACAUAUAAGGACUUCUUCAAAUCCUACAUUGAUGUGGAUGGGCAAUAUGUAGAAGAAGGGUGGGUUGACAAGACCUGCAAGGUCUGCAAGAAAGAUACAAGGGGUGAAGCAAGGCAACUGGACAAGUUUGGAAGAUAUGUUCAUGUUGCUUGUUUGGAGAAAGCCAACUCUGGAAACUUUUUUACCAGACUAUUCUCAGGAUGAAGGCCAUUGAUUUUGUUAGUAAUACAUCAUACAUCAGAAUUCUGUGUAAUGAUUCCAAUUCCAUUUAUAAAUUUACAACUCUUCUUCUUGUGGUGUGGGUAUCAUCA